AUGCCGAAUUGUGCCGUGGCUGUGUGUGAAAACUAUAAUCAGAAGACUAAAGGGAGUAGUAUUUCCUAUCAUAAGUUUCCGAAAGAUCCUGAAACAUGUGCUCGGUGGGUUCAGCUCUGUAGAAAAAGUGAUAGUAUUAACAUUAAAAAUGCUACUAUCUGUAGCGUACAUUUUAAAGAAGACGAUUAUUUACGGGAUCUCCAAGCUGAAUUAAUGAAACUUCCGCCAAAGAAGAUCUUAAAGCCGACUGCAGUUCCUUCAUUGCACCUCAUUAAAGCCAUAUCUGCAGCUGCUGCUUCGUUUCUGUCCAAGAAAGAAAUGACAGAAGGAAAGAUCGUGAAACACACAGAAAAAAAUAAGCGUUUGAUAGCUGGAAACAACACGCUGAGAACGAGAAACAAAUUAUUGGCUCAUGUAUUAAGCAGAAAGUGUAAGCUAUGCCAAAGCCUUCAGUAUCAACGAAGUACUAAAGUGACAACUAAAGUACACCAAGUUUUAAAAAAAGCUUCUGCAGUCCCCUCCAGAUCUGAUUAA